UUGACGGCGAUUUCGAACGGUUGUGUGCGCGCGUGUACCGGCCGCAUCAUAGAAAUUUUGUUGUGUUUUUGCGGAAAAUCGAAUAACAAAAAUAAAAAAAUUUCAAAUGUUUAUCAAAUGAGCGUCGGAUCGUUUGCAACAAUUACUCCUUAAGAGUGUGUGCAAAAGUGAGAGUGUCUAUUCAAUCGUCAGCUGUAAAUUACGAGAAUUCACAAUUGGCGCCAACGGAGCCGCACAGUCAAGCAACAACAAAUGGAACAUGUUGAUGCCGGUGCUGGAAUACAACAAACACAUUGCCAAAAUACCAAAUUGCAAAAUGAGGUCGCUUAGGGCGUGUAUGCAGCAACUGCUGCUAUUGCUGCUGCUGUUCGGCCUCAGCGACGUCUGCCGGGCGCUGGACAUUGCGGCCAGCAAUGGCGGAGGAGGCGGUGGCAGCAGCAGCACCGGCUCCGGCUCUGGCUCUGGCCCUGGCAUGGGUGCGGGUGGUGCGACUGCGUUGAGCGGGCCGCCGGGCGCUCUGAACGCCAAUCUCACGGAUCUGGGCAGUCCCGGCGCUGACGUGUUCUGUUGUAGUUUGGUUUUGGUUUGGUCUGGAGGAUUGGAUGGGAACGCCUUCAUGGAAGCUGCCAGCAAUGAUUAUAAUUAAUCUAUUGAUUUUAAUUUGCAGCUUACUGAAUAAUUCACAUAAAUAUUACAAUUAAUUUUUUCCAGCAUUUAACAUGGCAUUUUUAAAUAACUAUGAACGAAAUUUGUUGAUGAAAAUUCCGUUUAUUUAAUUUCUUUUUUUUUGUUAUUCCCCAGCUCAGCGAAUGGAGCUCAUUACGAAUUGAUGAGUUCGUAAUCAGCAGCAAGAACUAUUUUUAAUAAAAUUUAAUUUUAACAGGCAUUUUUAUUACAGUUUUCACAGUUUCUGAUUUGCAUUUAAUCAUAAAUAAUAAAUAUUUACACAAUUCACAGGAUUUCUUUUCCUAUUAAUCUAAUUAUACAAUUUCAUAGACUAGUUUUUAUUCCGCAUCUUCAACAUGCGGGUGACAUAGGCCCUAGACAGCUGGAACAAGCGCUGCUGAACAGACAUUUGAUUGAUUUGCUGCCCAGCAUUUAUCAGCCCGUCCAGCUAGAAGCAGCUGCUGCAGAGACCAAACGCUGUUGGGAGCACUGGGAAUGCCAACUGGUGGUGGCAACUUCCUCAACUUAUACGGGCCAGGCCUACUCUGAACUCGAGAAGCUUUGUGAAAGCAAAAGUAACGCAACUCUUGAAAUAAUUUAAAUAGAAGUUCCAUAUGCUAUAUAAUUUAUAUACGCACUAAUUCGUCCAAUUUACAUAUUUACAGUAAUUGUUAACUUUUAUAGCAUUUUAAAUUAGCUCGAAAAGACAUAAAUAUUAAU